GGUUGCCGAGUUUAUGUUGAAUGAAAUAGUGCGGGUGAAACGCAAAUAGUAAACCGUGUAGUAGUGAAACGGCUGUGAGGUGGGUGUGUUAUGCUUGGCGCUGGCUGGCUGCCGUCGAAACUAUUUUCGGUCGGAACAUAAACAAAAGAGGCGUGCGAUAUUUUUAACCCGUAGUUCUCACGGUUCAUUUACGUUCUUUCUCCUUUGUUCCGUGUUUUCUAAGUUCAAAGGUGCGACACAGUGAUCAACCACCGCCUAUAGUGAAGUUCCGUGAAAAUGACACGUAACAGCGAUUGAUGAAACAGGCUUACAGAUUCCUCCCAUUAGAAGCAGAAGUAGCAGCAGCAGCUGCAGGAGAGAAACUAUGUCACCUAAAGCCAGGUAUUCGUCAUCAAAGAGAAAUGGAUCUAUAGCUAGCCUUGCAAUUGUACUAGUAGCAACUUUGGGCGGAACCAUUACGCUGGUGGCGGCCCAGAAGGGAUCAUAUUUCGGGUGCUAUCAGCGGGACCGCUCCGGGAAGGCGGAAAUCGUAACCGAUCGGCUGGACAGCUGCGUGACUCAUUGCGAAAGGAAUUUCUACAGAUACUCCGCUCUUUCCGGGACCCAGUGUGUUUGCUUUAACUCGAUCCGAUCCAGGGUGGUCGAGGACAAGGAGUGUGACCUGAAAUGUCCCGAAAGUCGGGAACAAACGUGCGGCGGAGAAAAUACCCACAGUUUCUACGAAACCGGCAUCGGCGUGCCGGGGCCGGUGCGUAACCUAAAGCUGAUGCAAAAGGAGGGCGAGCGUAGCAUCAAACUCGGCUGGGAUCCACCGGCCUUGGAUGGGGUUCCGGUGUUAGAGUAUGAGAUUACUGCUAGCGUGCUGAACACGUUCGCCAGUUUUCGGGUUUACCCGAUGAGCUGGACCGUACACAACAAUUCCAAUUCCUAUGAGUUGUUGAAUUUAGUACCGGGAACCUCGUACAAUAUAAGCGUUACAUCGGUGUCGGAAAAGGGCCAAGGUGGUUCGGAGUGGCUGGUUGCGGAAACCGAAAUCGGUGUGCCGGAUCCGGAGCCUGAAGAGCCGUUGAUUUUGCGGCGAUUGGACUCCAAUAUACAGAUAGAGAUUCCGAAGGCGAUCAAUGACAACGGGCCGAUCAAUUACUACAGAGUGGUUGUGCACUAUGUCAACGAUGAUCUGGUGCAACAAUUCGACGAAACUUUACUGGACACGUUUCAACGGUCAAAGGAAAAGGGCGUUCCUUAUUACAUAGCUGCUGAAGUUGAGAUAAAGAAUGAGUCGCUGCAAUUUACCGUGGGCGAUGGUCGUUACUACCGAAAUUAUUUCAAUCCACCGAUUCCUCCACGUGCACACGUCCAUAUCUCCAUCGGCAUUGUUAGCGUGCUCAAAGGUGUUAUCAAAGUUCGAUAUGCUACAACAACUCACGAGCAACACCAGCACCCGGAUCACCAUCAUGUGAACAGUACUACUGCACCAGAACGCAAUGAAGCUCUGAUAACGGUUCUUACGGUGGCAUGUGUGUUGUUCGGAAUCGUGCUGCUGGGAAGCAUCAUACUCUACGUGUACCUGAGGUUCAAAACACCCACUCCAUCGAGACCUCUAACCGACCAACACGAAAUGGCUCUUCAGGGUCCAAUUCUGGAAGUGGAAAACAAUGGUUAUAUGCCUGAUAUAUACGAACAGCGAGGAUUCGAAGCCGAACUGCACGAUAUAAUCGAUUCGCUAGCUGUGCACCAGAAGCAUGGCCGCAAGUUUCUGGGAUUGGAAAUCAAUAACAUCCUCGGAUCGGGAAACUAUGGCGAUAUCCUUAAAGGUAGCCUACAGCGCGAGGGAAUCGACUUACCGGCCCAGGUCCACGUGGUUUCCGACGAUAUGGACAAGAUCGAUCAGAUUGCUUUCCUCAAUGAAUUUCGACGCGUCGUCAAGCUAGAAACCCACCCGAAUGUGCUUCAAUUUUACGGCGUUUGCGUUACGCCUGAUUGGUGUUACGUGCUGUUCGAGGAAAUGCAGACGACACUGAAGCAAACUUUGCUCAACGCCAGGAUUGCUAACACGGUCAACAGUCCGAAAUUUUCUACCAUUUCGGAGGAAAUUAUCAUCAACAUUCUUUGCCUGGUGUGCGAUGGAAUGCAGUUUUUAGUCGAGAAUAAUCUCGUCAACAAGAAGCUGUGUGCCCGCACCGUCUACGUUAACACCCGGUUCGAGGUCAAAGUGAGUGCCUUCGGACCUCCACUGUACGGUGAAAAUGGCCAACAAAUCGAAAUCACGCGCUGGAACGCCCCGGAGGUGUUGAAGUUCCAAAACCACACUGCCAAAAGUGACGUUUGGUCGUUUGGGCUGCUCAUCUGGGAGUGCUGCUGCCUGGGGGCCACUCCGUUUGGCACCAGCACCACAGACAAUCUGUUUGCCAGCAUACGAUCGGGCAGCCGGCCCGAGAAGCCAUCGUUCUUGUUCGACGAUCUGUACCAAAUGUGCCUCAACUGUUGGGAUCUGGACGCCGGAGAUCGGCCCGAGUUCGACGACAUCGCUCGGUACCUGCGCCAAACGUUGCCGAUGUUGCGUUACAUGCUCUCUUUCGAGCGGAACCAAAGUGUUCAACUUCCACCGUACUUACCGCAUUUGGAGUUGAGAAAUUGAAGGGAUAUUUUAAAACGUACCGGUAUGAGCAAGUAGAUUUAAGCAUUUUUUUUCCUUCUCUAGAAUAAUCUCUCUCGUAAGACUCGAAUACAAAAAUCUCAGUAUUUUAUGAUACAGUCCGUCCAUUUACAAAUCUGACUACAAAAGAAGUAAGAUAUGUUUUUUUAGUGUGCCUUAUGUGAACCACAGAAUGUUGUAUUUUUGUAUAGAUAUAUUUGAAUAAAUCAACUUGUCACUAA